AUGUCACAGCAGCAGCCGCCUACUCCAUCACGAAAACUACAGCGUAUGUCCCGUCCACCAGUCUGGAUCCCAGUCAAGGACACACCUCCACCACAGACACCUCGCAGGCCCUUCACCAUCCGUCGCCGCCGCGCACGGGCGCCACCACCGACAGACACGGCUCUAGAGGAAGGCACGCCGUCGCCCACCACUGAUGCAGUGCCGCCUGAACCAGCGGCAGCGGCGCCGCAGUCGCUCGUGAUGGACAAGGUCGCAGGGGUGCUUGGCGGGUACGACAACGUUGACUCUUGGAUCGCACGGUACCUCCCGGCCCUUUCACUCUUUGCAACCGAAACGUGGAUACACGGUAUUGGCCUCCUAGAUCGUCCCAGCAAGUGCGCAUUCUUCAUCCUCCUCCUGGCAGUGGUGCAAAGCGCUCUCCCACUCGCAACAUCGCCGCUCUUCUGGUUCUCCAAGUUCCUUUCGGCAUGGUUGCUCGCUUACUACAGCCGAAAGGUGUUGCGCAGUGGCAUGGCUGUCCUACACCCUGUCACCCAGGUGGCUUCGAUUGUGACCACCUUUGCCAUUGUCUCCCUCGUCGAGAUGAUUCAAGCGGCCGCCCAGAAAGCGACAGGUGACAUGUCACCAAGUUUAUGGCCGCCAAUCUUUCUUCCAAUCUUCCUUCUCUGUUGCCCAACUGGUGGUCCCGACACCGUAGCAUCCUUCGUCACUCGUGGAUGUUCGGUGACUCUGGCGCGGUGGACGGCGGUUGUCGAUAUCCAAGAAUACAUCCAGCCGCACUUUGGCGAAAGGGAAAUCAAAGUGGCAAUCGCCCUCGUUGUCGGCAUCCUCAUGCGCUUCUCCUUUAUUGGCGGCACGGCGAUCCCCCUUGCCAUCUGGCUUGUACUCACCCUCGAGACCAUCAAGAGUCUUGGCACACUCGAAUUCGUCCAGACCAACCAGAACUUCUAUCCUUUGCUAUGUAGCCACCACCUGCUCGCCAUCUGGAUGUGGCUCUUGGGCUUGACCACCCUCGAGUCUGUACCAGUACUCAACCUCGUGCGCGAGGCGACAGUGUACGGUGUCCAGCCGUUCUAUCUCGUCGUUGGGGCCUUUUUUACGGCCAUGCUUGUGGCCCAAAGGAAGCAGAAUGACUGGCACGCAGAUGCGUGGUAUGUUCACGCCUUCCUGUGA